AUGCUGGGGUUCCCUUCUAAAAAAUUUCACACAACUUCGAAGAGAGGCUCAGUGUCAUUCGACAAUUUAAAGGCAGACGUCAGUAACUUCCCAGCCCUGGAGUUGCCCCCCGAGGUUUUAGACUCGACGCUGUUCAACGGUGACAAUCACGAGCCAUCUUUGCUUGGUCAAUUACUUCCUUCGACCGGAUCAUCUACCAAUCCUACGGAUUUGGGGGUUCCUGCCGGAGAUAAUCUAUUAUCGUCACCUGGCCAGCUUUUCAUACAGAAGAUCGCCGCAUCAUCAACUGUUUCGCGAUCUAACCAAAGACGUAAGGCCGUCACUAAAAAUCGUCGCCACCCCACCGAAUCAAGGCUCAGCUCUCCCGAAAUGAACAUGGUGCCUGCUCACUGUGCACGCGUCACAAAGGAGGCGACAACGUGCAAUCCCACGCACGCCGCGAUUCAUCAGCCUACGCCCACCAUCGCCUUCCACAUCUCCCUCGAUGAAGAGGCGGGGGAUUUGACAAACCUCUCCCUCACGAAAAACCUAUCGUCCGUUUUGUCGAACGGCCUUUGGAAUAAUCCCAAUAAACUUGGGCCCCGUACGAACUCUGGCAAUCUCCUGGCUGGGCAACAUAUUUCGACCUGGCGGAAUUCAACUUUGCGACCUCACAUCGCUGGGGCCCUCGAUCGCACAUCCUCUGUAGCGCCAACCGUUGACUCUCAACCACUUGAGACCAAGGCCAUGAAAAAAGUUGCAAGCCAUAAACUGGAGGCAAACGCGCUCAAGAAACGCGUCAGGAAACCUCGACAUCAGUGUACUCGGCCUGGUUGUGGUCAAACCUUCACCGAAAAACAUAAUCUCUACAAUCAUUUAAACUCUCAUGACGGUCUUAAGCCCCAUCCUUGUAAACAUUGUAACAAAACAUUCGCAGCUCGGUCCACUCUGAGUCGCCAUUCCAAAACAUGUGCUUCAAAUAUUGUUUCUACGACGUAG